UUUUAAACAAAACAACAAACCAGCUCAUACAAUUGUACACCCUCACAACACGAAAACGACAACGACAAAUCGAAAUCCAAUUAGGGAUUUCAGAAACCAAACUAUACAUUUGCCCUAAUUUCAAACCUCCAAUUACGCAAUCCCUAAAAUUCUAAUCAUGCGUACAGAACACGCCGUAGAGAUGGCGAAAACGGUGCUUGAAGUCGCCGACGUCGCUUGGACCGCCGUUGAAUGCGGCCACCAUCUCCGUCACCAUAAUCCCCCUGUCACCCCCAACGAUAACGCUGGACAUCCUUCUGAUAUUGACUUAGAGUCUCUUCAAUCGGAAAAUCGACGCCUCAGGAGUUUGCUUGAUCAGAAUCUUAAGCUUCUGAGUAACCUCUCCGAAUCCAAUUCAUUCAUCAACAAUUGCCCUCCCGAUUUGCACGUGCGAUUAGCUGCUACGGUGAGGUCUGAUGAGUACUUGACUCGUCUCAAGUUUCUACAAAAGGAAACUGUUUGUGGUGGAAAUCAAUUUCCUUUUAAAGAGGCCACUGAGGUUGAUUAUCGAUCGGCUGAUAUUUUAAUCAAUAUGGACGCUAAAGAGCCCAGUUGGUGGGUUUGGGUUGCGGAUGAGACGGAUCCGGUCAAUUUUGAGGAAUGUAGCGGAAUUGAUGAUGAGAGUUACUUGAUCAUCAGUGAGGAACACGUGGUUGAUGGAGUUGCUAACUUUAUGGCAAGAUGCAUUAUGUCAAACCCAAAAGCCCUGAAGUUGUCACCGGAGGAACUACAGGAAAAUCUGUCAAAAGCAUUUGCUGGUACAAGCAAACUGGAAAGGAUUUUAGAUAUUUGGAAUGCGGGGAAGUUGUUUUAUACGCUUUCUACCUGGGGGCUUGCUCUGGCAGGGCUGUACCAAAGCCGUUCGUUGUUAAAAGUUGCAGCAAAGGGUGUUCAUUCAGGCGGUAAACUCGCUCUCAAGUUGAAGGCUCUAAAGAUGGCUGCUCCAUGAACAUGGCAAAUGUAUGGUACAUGGAGCUUGAAGUGCCUUGUUUGAAGAAACCAAUUGUUAACUUCUUCAUACAAGUUCUUGCUUUUGUAUAUAAUUUGUAAAUAACACUGUUAUUUGCUAUUUGUUGAUGCAACCCUGUAUUCGAUUCCAACUAGGUUGCUGCCUCGUUAUAAAUGGUAUUGACUAUUUAAUUAAUGAA